GCGGGGGGGGAUGUUAAUAAUGGUGGGGGGUUAUGCAUGUGUAGGAGCAAAGUGUAUAUGGCAUAUCUCUGUAAUUUCUCAAUUUUUCUGUAAACUAGAACUACUCUAUAUUAGUCUUUAAAAAAUCCCUUAUCUUACGAAUGAUUUUGAAUAAGCAUUUUGGGAAUGUUCUAGAGAUGAAUCUCCUCCCCAUGUCCUACGCUGGCUAUACCCUCCCACUGGCGGCGCGGAUGGGACGCCGGCGGAGCCAGCGAGUCUGCGCAAGCGGUCCGAGCAUGCUCAAUAGCGCGCGCGGCGCCCUGGAGCUUCUCCGCGGAACCGCGACCAACGCGGAGGUCUCGGCGCCCGCUGCGGGAGCCACAGGAAGUGAAGAGCUUCCGCCGGGAGACCGCGGCUGCAGGAACGGAGGCGGAAGGGGCCCUGCGGCGACGACGUCGUCGACGGGGGUGGCCGUGGGAGCUGAGCACGGAGAAUAUUCCCUCUCUCGGAAGCCGGAUCCCGAGCCGGGCAGGAUGGAUCACCACCAGCCGGGGACUGGGCGAUACCAGGUGCUUCUUAAUGAAGAGGAUAACUCAGAAUCAUCGGCUAUAGAGCAGCCAUCUACUUCAAACCCGGCACCACAGAUUGUGCAGGCUGCGUCUUCAGCACCAGCACUUGAAACUGACUCUUCCCCUCCACCAUACAGUAGUAUUACUGUGGAAGUACCUACAACUUCAGAUACAGAAGUUUAUGGUGAGUUUUAUCCUGUGCCACCUCCCUAUAGCGUUGCUACCUCUCUUCCUACAUACGAUGAAGCUGAGAAGGCUAAAGCUGCUGCAAUGGCAGCUGCAGCAGCAGAAACAUCUCAAAGAAUUCAGGAGGAAGAGUGUCCACCAAGAGAUGACUUCAGUGAUGCAGACCAGCUCAGAGUGGGAAAUGAUGGCAUUUUCAUGCUGGCAUUUUUCAUGGCAUUUAUUUUCAACUGGCUUGGAUUUUGUUUAUCCUUCUGUAUCACCAAUACCAUAGCUGGAAGGUAUGGUGCUAUCUGCGGAUUUGGCCUUUCCUUGAUCAAAUGGAUCCUUAUUGUCAGGUUUUCUGAUUAUUUUACUGGAUAUUUCAAUGGACAGUAUUGGCUUUGGUGGAUAUUUCUUGUACUUGACUGCAUCAACCCAACAUUCCUUUCUUACACCAAUGUGAAAUUUCCAGAUCAUCUGUAAACCUACAACUUUAAUAGAAGACUACUAAUAACAGAAGACAAAUUAGUGAAGAAAAGAUGGAGCUUUGAAAUUGAAUGGCAGGGUGGUUUAUGCUUACAAGCCAUUUCUGUUCAUUCUUUAAGUAUCUAUAUUUCAUUUGUUUUGCACAUAUGCUUAUGUGCCCAUUUAAGAUAUUUGCAUAUACUUGAUAGAAACCAUAAAGUUGUAGCAGUUAAGUCCAGUCACAUUUGGUUAAUCAGUGUUUGAUAUAAUUGAAAGAGUUGAGUGGAUAAACAGUCUUCCAGCUUGUAAAUGCCAUUGACUUCUGACCUGACAUUUAGUAUAAUAAAAAUGAAAUUAUUAACCAUGUCAAAUGAUUUAGUUUCUGGCUCUUAGACUCAUCUGGCAAUUCUACACAUGAAACAUCUUUUGUUAUAUAAGGUGUAUUGAAACUUGCAGUGCUGAUUAUUAGAAAGGAUUUGUCAGAUUUUUGAACAUGAUAUUUACAUUAUUAUUUAGGAAAACUCUUCCUGUAAAUAACCAUGCAUAAUUUACUUUCUGCAAUGUUUUCUUAGAAAUUGUGUCCAGAUAGCUUUCACUAAUUUUAAAUAAAGUGAACUAAAUAUAUAUGUGUAUAUGUAAACAUAUAUAUACACACACACACACAUAUAUAUAUUUAGAAACCUGAGUGUUAAAGUUAGAAUUUGUUUUAGGACAAAUUUUAAGAAAAUGUGGGAGUACCAAAUGUCCUUUAUAAGAAAAAUAAAUUUUUUUUAAGGGACACACUAGUUUUAGGGAUUUUCAGAUGGGAAGCUGGGUUUUUAGGAUUGCCCGUCUUAGAGAUUCUUGCAGGAAGAGAUUGUAUUAGAUAUUAUAUUUAUUUCAUUUAAGAUAAUUUUGAAAGUUAAUUUUCUAAAUAAGGUAAUUCUCAUUUGUGUUUGUCUUUUAAAAAGCCAAUAAAAUAUCUUUCAGUAUCAUUGUAAUAAUUUUUUUAGAGUUUAAUUUGUAAAGCUUAGCAAAUAAAAUCUUGUACUAUUAAUAGCUUCUUGCUUUAUGACUUUAGGAUUAAGUUGUAAAAAACAUAUCCUGAACUGAGAUAUGCAAAACACUCAUUUUCAAGUUAUGGAAAUGUGUUUGUGGCAUAUAGGACUGUGGGGUCUAUGUGUGUGUAGUGAGAGUGUGUAGCCACUAUUAUAACUGGAAUUUAAUUUACAUUCAUAAACUACUAUAUUUCCCAUCUUGCAAAUCAUUUUAUGUCUCAUCUGUUUUUCCUUUCAGUUAUAUCUUUGGUUUUGAAUACCAACAUUUAAAAUGAUGGUAUUUUAUCUUUUAAACUUAAAAAUUAUUUAAUACAGGUAUAUGGACCAUAUAAAAUUGAUUUCUUAUUUAUUAUUAGACAUUACUACUAAAAGGUACAUCUAACUAUUCAGGGACAUUUUUCCAUUUCCAAAAAAUAAAAUUUAUUAUGCUUUAUAACCUCUUUUGUAUUUUCUAAUUUUUUCAUUGUCUUUGAUAAAUAAAACAUAGUUUUGUUUUGCUAAUAUAGCCUAUUUUUUGUUUUGUCUCAUUCAGUUUACUUUCCUGCGUAGAAUUUUUAUUAUAUUAAAAUUUUUAUUGUUGUAUUAAAGUACCUGUGUUACACCCCUUGAAUAGCAUGGGGUAAAGAAAAAAUAUUUAGUUUAGUUGCCUAAUUUGGAAAUUAAUUAAAAUUAAACUGUACUAAUAACAUAUUCAAACUCAUGCUGGAUCUCUUUCAUAUUAAUUUCUUAUAGACCUGUACUUUAUUCUUUCAAUAAUUUUUAAAUGAAAUUAAGCUUUGCUACAUGGUAAUGAAAUAAUUACUAGGAAGCUUAGCUAUCAAACAUCGACUUACUAAAAUUUCAUUUUAGCUUUUAUGGUAUAUGUGCUUGUUUUCUGAAUAUGGAUACAUGUUACUUUUGAUCCAGCAUCAAAACUUCACUUUUUGUUUUGACUUUUCCCCCCAAAUCUGUAAGGUUCAAGUAUACAUAUUACUUAAUCCUCUAUAAUUGGCAUAGUUCAGUGGUAGCCUUAAAUCUCAUCAUGUAAGCAGGGGAAUCAGAAUGUUAUUUUCAAGAACUUAAUGUUCCCUUCAGAUGUAUCAAAUCCUGCAUACUUCAUUUCCUGUGAGCUUGAACAGCUGCUGUUGUGUUUUGGGGAUGCUUGAUCAUCUUUGCACUCUGCCUUAAAGAUUGAAAAGUUAGGGUAUCUAAACAUUUUUGAGUGUGAACUGGGGAUUGGAAGUUAAUACAAAAAAAUUUCAAAUUAUUUCUAUUGUAAAUGAAUAAGCUGGUCAUGGCUAGGAUAAUCCAUUUUCAUGUAUUUAUGCAAUAAACUGAAUUUUAAGGCAAAAAUACACUUUUCUAUAUAGUGUAUGCAGGAUAGAUUUUAGAAACUUAGAUUAAAAUACAAAUCCCAUUACAUUUGGUUAAAAUGAAAAUCUCUGCUUAAUAGAAAAAAUACUAAUCUUUAGCCUAUUAUUUUGAGUCUAUAUUUCAUUUUAGACACGCCUUUGAAGUUGUUCACAGAUUUUUACCUGCUAAAACAAUAUUAUUUCCAGUAAAACCUCUCCUAACAGGAAAAGUGGAGUUCAAAAUAUCCAAUUGGAGAAAAAUUCAGAGUUCCUUCACUUAAUAUAAUUUUUUUCAUCUAGUAUGUACUAUUUCAAGAAGUGCAAAAAGUAAUGAUAGUGAAUGUGAUACCAUACUUAGGUAGUAUAUAUCCUUAGUUUGCUCAAAAGAGUCCUGGUUAUUCCUGUUUUCUCAGCUUAAUAGUGCCUCAUCGUACUCUCAACAGUGUUCUAAUUUGGAGGAUAAGUUAUAUGAUCAUCCUGUGUAUAAUUGUAGACUGUACCAAGAAGCAACUACCUUAGCUCCACUGUCCUUUGAGGGAUGGAACUGGGGUAAGGGCAGGAGCCAGUUAUUAUUGCCACAGUGUUUUCUAAUGAACCAUUUGGCCUGUAGAAGAAGAAUAAUAUUUUUUUUAAUAGUUGUAUUUGAAUGAUUCCAGCUUAUGGUAAAUACUAAACUGAAUGGCUUUUAUAUUUUUAACUGCUGUUAAAUGUUAUUUUAGCACUUAUUAGUUGUUGAUUAUUUAAUUCUUCAAAUAGUCAUAUGAAAACAUAUAUUUGAUAAAGGUCAAUUGUUAGAUGAUAAUGUGCCAUUCAUUAUCAUAGGAAUGUCCUUGCCCAUAUAUAAAACAUGCUGGCAUGUAUUUUACUUGUUAAUAAAGUUGUAUAGAUGUGGAA